AUGGAGAGGAAACAUAAUUUCAUAAAAAAAACUAUAUAGCGGGCCAUAAGCUAUACUCACGCUUAAAAGCUUAACCGACUCCUAAAAUCAAGAAGGUUUCCUCUUAAACCUUUAUCAAUCAAUCAAUCUUUCACUCUCUUUACUCCAAACCCUAAAUUAUCAACCAGAUUUCUUUCUCUCUGCACUCAAUCGUUCCUCUUUUCACAUUCUGAUCUUCAAUUUUCAGAGCCACAACCUCUUCUAAUAAUCCACCAUGUUUACCCGAAUUUUUGGAAAACAUAAAAAACAACCAACUACUGUAACCACUGUAAACAAGUUAAAUCAGACGCUUGAUAUGCUAGAGAAAAAGGAGAAUGUUCUCGUUAAAAAGGCUGCAGCAGAAGUUGAAAAAGCCAAAGAAUUCACUACAGCAAAGAAUAAAAGGGCGGCGAUACAAUGUUUGAAGAGGAAGAGGCUAUAUGAACAACAAAUAGAGCAGCUUGGAAAUUUUCAAUUGCGAAUUCAUGAUCAGAUGAUAAUGUUGGAAGGAGCCAAGGCAACUACAGAAACAAUUGAUGCUUUGAGAACUGGAGCAUCUGCUAUGAAGGCAGUGCAAAAAGGAAUUAAUAUAAAUGACGUUGACAAAACCAUGGAUGAGAUAAAUGAACAAACAGAGAACAUGAAACAGAUUCAGGAAAUAUUGUCAGCUCCAAUUGGUGCAGCUGCGGACUUUGACGAGGAUGAACUGGAAGCAGAACUUGAAGAGCUAGAGGGUGCUGAGUUGGAAGAACAGCUUCUUCAGCCUGCAACUACAGCUCCAGCAGCACAUGUACAUGUCCCAGCUGGGCGGCAACCUACACAGCCGGCGCAUGCUAAGCCCACUCCGGAGGAGGAUGAAUUGGCAGCUUUGCAGGCCGAGAUGACACUAUGAGCAGGUUUCAUUUCUCGCCCGCCACACUAUUUAUUCAAUGAAUGCCUUAACCUGUGUUGGCUGCAUUAGAAAGGGAGGAAUCGGGGAAGGGGAAGAAAAGCAAGAGAGCCAGAGAUACUUCAUUUUGCUAUUCUGUUUUGAUUUGUUUCAUUGACUGAAAGUCGGUUACAAGAACUCACCAAGUGAGUUUAUAUAGUGUAACUAACAUGUGCCGACUCAGCACAAUUAGUUGCAGUCUAGAUUUAAGACAAUUACUAUCUAAUUUUAUACAGUUCUUAACAAUUUUGCUAUUGUGUUUGAUUAAAACCAGAACUUUGCAAGCAUUGAUGUGCAUAGUAGGCAAACUCUAAAAAGAUUUGUUGACAUGGAGAAUUCUGCCCAACCUCACAACUUAUAUUUAGUGAAAUUAUUGAGCAUACAUGAUGUGUAUAUAUAUGUGAUAAAAAUUGAACCACCCUUCAAAAAGUUCUUACACGUUUUUAACAAAGUUGAAAACAGUGCAUUACACUUUUGCCAUUGUGAAAUAUACUAGUUAAUGUA